AUGGCGGCCUGCGUCGUGCACGAAGGCUACCUCCACAAGCAGAGCCAGCACUUGAAGCUAUGGAAGAUUCGGUACUUUGUGCUCACGACGACGGCGCUGCUCUACAGUAAAAAGUCGGGGCGCAAGCCCAAGGCGACGUACGCGCUCCAGCACCUCGACGCCCUCACGGACCAGAACCUCGUCGUCCACGACCACAACUUUGUGCUCGAGCUCCGCUACAAGAAGCUGCGGCUCUACGUGAGCGCGCCGACCGAGGCGGACCGCGCCAAGUGGGUGCACCUCAUCAAGAACUGCAAGGACUCGUUGAGCGUUGGCGCCGACACGACGAGCGAGGCCUCGCUCAACACGAUUGAGCGCAAGCCAAGCGAGUCCGAGCCGCUCUCGGUGCGCAGCGGCAUUCCCGAGUCCCUGCGCCGGCGCUUCCUCGCGUCGACGACCAAGGAGCGGCGUGACGAGCGCAAGGCGGGCCGGCUCCCGAAGCUCCGCACGUCGUUCACCGAGGCGUGGCUCGAGGACGAAGUGCGCGGCCGUGCGUGGGCCGCGCUCCUCGGCAACAAGCUCCAGAUCAACGAACAGCUCUUUGAGAUCUGCAAGACGCGCGCCAAAGCGGUGCUCGUCGAAGUCGCAGCGACCAAGGCGAAGGACAUGCGUCCGAACCGCCCGUCGCUCACGAUCGACACGUCCGGGCUCGACGGCGGAUUCGUCGUCGUGACGUCGCCCCAGCACGCCAAGUCGACGCUCACCGAGGCCCUCAUCGCCGACAACGAGCGCAACAUCAAGCUCGUCAAGCUCGACAUGCCGCGUACGUUUGGGAGCCACCCACAGUUCCAGGCCGGCGCGGUCGGGGCCCAAAAGACGUACGAAGUUCUGGAGGCGUACACGUGCUACCGCCCCGACCUCGGCUACGUGCAAGGCAUGAGCUACUUGGCGGCGAUUCUGUGUCUCCACAUGGACAGCUUCUCCGCGUUCAAGGCCAUGGUGUCGCUCCUCAGCACGCGCUUGCUCUUCGACAUGUACCGCCUCGAGGAAGAUCGGACACUGCAUUAUCUCGGCGUGUACGACACGAUUCUGCAGCACGAACUGCCGACGCUCCACGCGUACUUUGAAGAGAUUGGCAUGGACGCCAAGAUGUACGUCGUCGACUGGGCCUUUACGCUCUUCACGCGCUGCGUGCCCUUGGAUGUCGUGCUGCGGAUAUGGGACGUCUACAUCUUGCUCGGCACGCCCUUCUUCUUCCAAGCCUGCAUGGCGAUUUUGAUCUUGUACGAGGAGCACUUGCUCGUGCUCGACCUGGGCGACGCCAUGCGCUUCCUCCACGACAUUCCCAAGAGCACGAGCCCGAGCGACUUUUUCGAUGCGCUCGACGCCGUCAACCUCUCGUGCAGCGCGAUCGACAGCCUCCUCGCCGGCGGGAACGUGCGCCCGUGGUCGCCGGUCGGUCGGCGUCCCGUCUCUGUCGAGUUCCCCGACGCGUACGAGUACUAG